ACUUCGUAUAAUAUUUUAAAAUAUGGAGAAGGAGAAAACGCAAGGUUAUUCGGUACUUAUCCGAAACCUUAAAUAUUCCACGAGAGCAAGUGAAGUCAGAGAAGCAUUUGAGUGCUUCGGGAAGAUCAGAGAUGUGUACCUUCCACAAGACUACAGCAGUGGCAUGCCUCGCGGCUUUGGAUUCGUCGAAUUCGUUGAGGAAGCCGCAGCAUUGGAUGCCAUUAGGAAGAUGGACAAUACAACUUUUAACGGAAAAGUCAUAACUUGUUGCGAAGCACAGGAUAGACGCAAGUCACCAAAUUCAAUGAGAAGAGCAUAUCCAUCAAGUAAUCACCGAUACCAAGCAAAUCACUCCCAGGAACAUCGUAAUUCAAAACGUGGACAACCUUAUGGACGUCCAAGGUCACGUAGCAGAAGCUUAGGGAUGCGUUACCGCAAGUCACCCAGCUAUGAACGUAGAUACCCACAGCAUCGGGACGAUGAUGUUUAUCACUACAGAAGAGACAAUGAACACUCACCGGAGCAGCAGAGAGUAUAUCGUAGAUAUGGACGUGAACGAGCUCGAUCCCCGAUGCACAGAGAUGAUCGUGAUUACCGCGAACCUCGUGGCCGUGGAACUAGACAUCAUGCUGAUAAGCCAUACCCUGAAGCACCAUACUCCAGUGAAUACUCUAGACGUGGAUAUGACCGAAGGUCACCGCCACCAAGGCGACGUCCCUCGCCAUCACCCGAUAUGAUCCCUGCAGAGGCUGGAGAUGGCAGAUCUGGAAGGCCAAUGCAUUAAAAUUUUAAGGUCGGAGUAGUAGUUCUACUACAUAUCGACGUAAUAUUUAAAGGUUUGUGGUUUACUGGUUUUUACGGGAGCAUAGCCCCGUUAAUAAACCUAUUAGUUCGGAAGAACAUCGCAGCGGUACGCAUGGACAGAUCGCCACAGGCCUCAUAGACCAUAAUAUAUUAACAGUUGCAAGCACAAUUUAUUACGAUCAGUUCACUCUAUCAGAAGUCAACACGGCAUUGAAACUGCAAAGUGCCGAC